AUGGCUGCUUAUACCCCUCCUUCCUCGAUUCUCAUAAUCGGCACUGGUGUGUUUUCUCUCAGCACCGCCCUCACUCUCUUAAAACGACCCGCCUACAAAAACACAACCAUAACCCUCCUCGACCGAUCCCCCUUUCCUGCCCCGGAUGCCUCCUCCGUGGACUCUUCGCGCAUCAUUCGCGCCGACUACUCCGAUCCCCUCUAUGCCGAACUUGCAGAUUCAGCUCAGAAACAAUGGCGUCAAACUGGCAAUGGUGAACUUGGCGGGCAGGGCCGAUACUCCGAAAGCGGUUUAUGUUUAACCUGUGACACCUCAUAUGAGAAUAGCGGACAAAGAUAUGUACGAGCAAGUUUUUCAAAUGUUCAAAAAUUGAUGAAACAAGCGGGAGAUACAGAGGGAGUUUUAGAAUUGCCCUCCGCAGAAACUAUACAGGAACUUUUUAAAGCAGGACCAGGAAGCGGAGAAUGGGGAUACAUAAACCGGCGAUCGGGAUGGGCUGAUGCGGAAGCUUCCUUGGUCUGGCUAAGAAAAGAGGUUGAAAAGAUGGCUGAUGGCCGCGUCAAAUUCAUCGUCUCGGAAGUCACAUCCCUCAUCUUCUCCCCUGAUCAAAGCACUAUUCUCGGAGCCAACACCGCAUCUGGCACCCAAUACUUCGCCGACCUUACAAUUCUCGCAGCCGGAGCCUGGAGUGCCAAAUUUCUUGAUCUGCGUUCUCAAGUGCACUCUAGUGGACAAUGCUUGCUUUACAUCGACAUCACGGACGAAGAACAAGAAAAAUACAAAAACAUUCCCGUCCUCCUUAACAUGAGCUCCGGCUUCUUCAUCCUCCCUCCACGAAACAAUAUUUUAAAAAUCGCACGUCACGCCCACGGAUACUCAAACCCAACCUCUAUCCCCCAUCCCCACCCCUCCUCCUCUGGUGAAAAUAUCAGCGUUUCCCUCCCUCUCACAAGCUACGACAGCCCCACCAGCAGCGUCCCCGUUUCUUUCCAAACCUCAGCCGCAACUGCCUUACACACCUUACUCCCCGAUCUCCCACCCCGCCCUUUCUCACACACGCGAAUCUGCUGGUACACCGACACACCCUCGGGCGAAUUCCUCAUCACCUACUGCGAAAAACCACAAUCUAGCGGCGGCCUCGGUCUCAAAGGUAUAUUUUUAGCAACGGGCGGCAGCGGCCAUGGAUUUAAAUUUCUUCCUGUGCUGGGAGAGAAAAUUGUGGAUGUGAUGGAGGGGAAAGAUGAGGUUUGGAAGGGGAAGUGGGCGUGGAAGGCUACGAGGGACGAUUGGGAUGGUAUGACGGAUGAUGGGAGUCGGGCGGGGCCUAGAGGGGAGAAACUUUAG